AUGAGCUUCCAACGUUUUAUCACAUUUCUUCUAAUUUCUGCAAUGACUAUUCCACAAACCAAAGCUCAGCUAGGGUUUCUCAGUGGUCUCCUUGGUUCUGUUAGUAAGGUUCGAGGGACUGUGUUUUGCAGUUCCAAUGAUAAUGUGGCUGUCAAAGGUGCAUCAAUCCCUGGUUUUCCAAAUGCUAAAGUACAACUAGUUUGUGGAGGAAAGGAGUUUUCAAAUGCUACAACUGAUGAUGAUGGAAGCUUUUCUAUCAUGAUGGAUCCCUUGCUGUUGGAUCUUUCUUCACUGCUCAAUACCUGCAACUUACGGGUUCCCACCCCUCUCUCCCACUGCAACACAAACCUUCCUUCUUCUGGGGCUCUCAUUUCAACCCUAAACUUUGUUGGGGUCGAUCGUCUUGCCUCUCAAACUGUUGUUAACAUCGUUCCAUCGGGAUUUCAUUACAUGCCCUCCACUUGA